AGAGGAAGCUCGAGCGACUUGGCUCCGGACUUCCUGUUUCAGACUCCGCUGUAAACUGCUAAGAGAGGGAUGAAGUCCCCGAAACAUAAUAAAACUACUCAAUGAACCCGGAAUAAAACACUCCUUCAAGAUGAGCUGGUAUGUAUUUUAUCGCCAUUGAUUUUCGGUGGUUAUAUUAGUAGUAUAACUUAAAAAGAAGACACAAACACUUCGCCAGAACGGAUAGCUUGUCGGUUGGGCUACGGCUAUUUCCUGGUAUCGCUACCUUAAUAGUAAACAAGACAGACGUAAGCUCUAUCUUGUUAAACGCCCCAUUAACUAAUAAAAGGAACUCUGCCAGAGACAUUUUUUCAGAUUAUAUUUGGUGUUAUCGGUUAUUUUUCCCUAGUCAAAGCCUUGGCAGCACGUUAAACUGUGGCUGAGUUAGAUUACGGGACAAAGUCGUGUAGUUAGCUAACAAGUGCUAACAGUAUCUGAGAGAGAGGCUUAUCUGACAGGAGAAAUAACUUUAAAGAAAAUCACUAAAAAGCUUGACACAGUCAAACGCCACUAUCUGGAGUCAAUAUGAUAGCUACUUCGUGAACCAGCGAUGUUUUAAAGGCUUGACAUGGAAACUUCGGGUGAUAACCGAUCACAGUUAAAGGGAUCUGAUCCUCUGCUGCGAUUGCAACCAGAUUUCAGUGUCGCCAUACAUAUGCUGUUAUUAACAUGCUGCUUUUUAAGUUCUGUAAACAGAUAUGAAUUCAUUUAAGUCAGUUUUAUCAUGAGAAUGAAUGUCUUUAUGUUGUUUUCUUGAUACCUUGACUUACAUAGGAUGAUGGGUUAUACUAAGAAGCAGGAUUUGCCAAGGGAACAUCACUGCAACUUUGGGUUUUCCUUACUAAGACGGUGGUUUACGUCUUACCUGGUUAGCUCAACUCUGUAACUUAAACUGAACAUAUAACCUGCUCUGGGGAAGGUCAUAUGUUCAGGUUAUGUGUUCAGUAAUAAAAGGUGUGAGAUGAUGUGACAGUGACAGCCUCAACUUACACAUUUAUCACAUUUUUCUGCAUUCUCAUGGAAAAUACUGCAGUAAUACUAACUCAUUAACGUUUUCUUAAUAGCAUAGCUUGCCUGAGUAUGAUGUGAAAAUAUGCUGACAGUAGACUUCAUGUCUGUGGUUAGCCUUAUGUUGGUUGUGUCACCCCAUUCUUGUGAACAUGUUCACUGUAACUCUGCGUUGACUUAUCAUAUUAUGCUGUGUUCCUGUUACCUUGGAAGUCAGAUGUCGCAGCUGAAAAUGACAUCACGCUCGAGUUCCCAGCGUUUCAGUUACCAAGUCGGAAAAAAGCUAAGUCGAAGGCCUGAAACAAGAUGGCUACAUCUACGAAAGUUAUUUUAGCACUUGCCUUAUAUUCAGACAAGGCAGGCGUUAAAAUAACUUUUUGUAGAUGUAGCCAUCUUGUUUCUACCUCUGAUUUUGCUUUUUUCUGACUUGGUAACUGAAACGCUGGGAACUCGGGUAUGACGUCAUUUUCAGCUCAGACUUCGAACUUCCGAGGUAACUCGAACACACCAUUAAUAACCAACUUUGUGGGGCUGCACAGCGUCAUCUCCUUUGUCAGGGUUGGUUAAGCCAGACAACUAAAAGAUAUCUGGAGUAUGUUGAACUCACUGCCCAGUAUACCCUAAGCUCCCAUCCUCAAAAGCAUUUUUUUUAGUUGAAAUCACAGAGUUAGCCUGAGGCGUAUUUGCUGUUAAAUGGAUGGUUGACAUUAUAUACAGCAGGUGUUAUCAGUACCCUCUAAUCAGAAAAGGUAGAUACGACAACACACUGGUAUCCCGACAGCUGUUAUGCUAAGCUAUGCACAAAGCUAGGCGUUUCAUCAAGUUGAUCUCGACAUCUUUGGAAACAAAAUUUUAGAUGUGAUCUAGUUGUGUAGCCAAACCAAGUUUGUUAUGCAUUGGGCUUUUCCUCAACAUUUGCCAAGUCUUGAGUAUUGCAGACAAGGUUAAUACAGCUAGUAGACCUUUUGGUUACAUUUGAUUGAAUGUGUUGGCAUCAUAAGUCAGUAUUGAUUGAACUAUUGUUAAGAAUGAAAAUAGAAUUUAACCACAGAUUCAUUAAUUCUUGCUUGUCAUUUUUGGCCAAAUGUCAAACAUUUAUAGCAUCUAAGAUGUAAAAGUUUGGUGCCAUUCAUCUCAGAAGGUGGUCAAGAAGUCUUUCGGGGGAUACUUUACAGGAAGAAGUGAAUUCUGAAGUAGAGCUGCAUUAUGUUAGAAAAAACUAAUAUCUUUGAUGUUGAUUUAUGUUUAAAGUGAAGUUUAAUCUGUAUCACAGGCCUCUUGAUGGUUCCUCAUAACCCAACAAAAGCUCACCAUCCUCUCCAGCAUGUGUUUUUCACCACACAAUGAUGUACAUGUCAUAAACUGCAAGUGUAGAAACUGAAAGUCAACAUUUUAUGGUCCCGUCAGUGCCUAUAAUGAUAAUGGGAACUGGGGCGAACGGGAUCAGAAUCUUUCUGGUUUGGUCAGGUGUUUAGCGGGGUGUCUGUGAUGGCACCAGCUUGGCAUGUUUGUUCACAUCUAACAGUCAUGUGACACAAAAGGGUCAGUUCAAGUGAGGGGCACCCUUCAAGUGAUAUUAUACGGACGUUUACGGUAGAUUAAUCCUGGACAAUAAGCAAGUGGUGACAGCAUGACGUGUUUCAGGUCACAUGACUAACUUUGUUGUUGUGACAUUCGAACUAUAUCAUUCAGUCCUUUUUUUUCUCCUCUUGUGAUAGAGUUUACUCUGAAUAAUUCAUCCAGAUUUCUCAAUAAAAAAUGACAGUUUUAUUAACCAUUAGAGCACCUGUCAGUAUGAGCUCUUCUCAGCAGUAACAUUCAUUAUGAACAAGACUUUAAUAUAGUUUCAUGCAGAGAUGAAAAAAAAACUCUUCAAAUGAUGUCUGACUUAGAAGAUUUUGAGUUUGCAACGCUUUGCAGUGCAAUCUUUUUUAAUUCACAAACGAUUAUGGAAUUAUGUGUUCAAUGAACGGAGAGAGGUGGUGCGAACAGUUGGUCUUAUGACAUAGUCUGCAUGGAUGAUCCACACAGAUAUUAGCUGAAUCUGCAAGUCUCGUAAUGGGAGAUCUUCCAUCCAGCUGGUGACGUCCUUGAGAAAGUAAACAACAGCAAACAAGGCUGUGCUAAUAUUUUCAGCCAAAUUACUACAAGAAAAAGAGGAAUUGUGUACAGUGGACUGGAGUGUGUUUUGCUCAUAUUUGAUGGUUGAAUCCUUCCUAAGACAGUUUAUUUAGAUCUCUUCAUAUAAAAUAUCAAUAUGUUAUCAAUAUGCUCAUAAGAGAGCAAUCAAUCAAUGCCAUCUUUGUUCUACUGUUGACUCUAUCAUGACUUCUUGUAUUGACUCUGAAGAAACAACUUUGACCCAACUUUGUAGUAUUAUGUACUUUGUUAAUGUUGUUCAGGUUGGUAAUUUCUAGAAGCGAGAAAUGUCCCGACUGUCUUUUUCGGAUCUGAUUUUUCAUUAUUUAGUAUCUGCCUGAACAGAUACUUGUGCCUUUUGUCUCAAUAUUAUGCUUGUAGUUUUUUUUUCCCCAGUUUUGUUUGCAAAAAUAUUUGAGAUGUCUUCAGCUUUUCCCGUUUGACCAAGUACAGGUAGCUUGGUCGUAAACUCACAGAUGAUUCAUUUUACUUGCUCUACUGUUUGAGACUCACCAAACUGGUGUCCAUGCAACACUACAGGCCUAAACUCAAGGCAACACUUCUGUGAAUGCAACUCCCAUGGGGUCAUUUGAGAUUCACAAUGGUGGUGCUUGGCUGCUAGACUAAGACUGUUAAUAUAUACAGAUAUACACAUACACAGAGAUGGGCUGGUUGUUCAAAGCGAUGAAUUCAACCACCUUUUAUCGAACAGUUUUGGCCUUUUUCGCUCUCUCCGGGAUAUUUACCCUUCCUUUUUUAACUCUGGAGUUUGAAGCUACUUUGGAGUAGGAGCCUUUUUCUGUGUUGCUAUUGUGAGCAUUUCUUCAUUGCGUAUUUAUGUAGAUAUUGUGUUACACUGGCUCUGCAAACAACUGUUUUCACCUUCUAGUUUAAAAAAUGUCCACACUGCUGGCAUUUUAGCCAUGGGGUUGCUAAUGCUAACGUAGCACACUGUCCAAUGUUUGACUUUCAUUCCUGGACAGUCACCAUAGGCUGUAGUAGAAAGGUUGUUGCCGCUGUAAUGUGGCUCGCUCUGCAUGAAUAUUCCUUUAAUAAAGUUUAGGCCAUGGUUGUAGUCCCGUAUCAAUGUCCUGUUUUUUAGCACAUGUGGGCAAAUCCAGAAUACUCAGUUACUCAAGGUUACUAGUGUGUUUGUGUUCUGUGCAAAUUGAACUCUGACAGCUGAUGUAAAUGAAUGGGGUGGAAGGAUUGGAGUAAAUGCCUACAAAAAGGAGGAAUGCCCUGCACAGCACAGAUCUUAACGUUGAUGCUGGUGGUGUCAGGAAAUAAGUUCCUAAAAAGGAAAGAGUUCCACCGAACACAACAUGGUCAGAAUGUAAACUUAUUGGUUAAAAGAACAACGUGUUUCGCCUCACAGGCUUCAUCAGGCUUCCAAGCCUUUUCUUUUUGAAGUAAAUGCCUUUUAAAAGUGCACAGAUCAUCCUGACCAAAUGGUUGGGAUUGGGAUCAAGACAUCCCACCUUUAAGCUAAUAUUUCUCUCAUUUUUUUUCAUACUUGUUUUUAGCAUGUUCAGCAAGAUGUGAAAACUGCCUAAAGUCCUUGUCCAUAAGUCUGCGUAUUUUAUAUUUCCCAUGAAAAAGUGAUGGUGUUUUCUUUGAAGGCCUGUCCUUGAUAUAAGUCUUUUUAUGUUGCAUAAAUUUUCUGAAAAGAAAAGACUGCUUGGACUGUAAUGGGGUUUAUCAUCCAUCCUGUAGAGGUCUUAGAUGAAGGCUAUGUCUUGUAAUCGUGUGAUUUUUAAACAAUCACAACAAAUAAAUGUGAUUUGUUCUGUCUGAACCAUGUUUCUAACACCAUGAAUCACUAUCAGUGCGGCUCUUAAUAAGCAUGAGAAGCUUUGUCAUACUAGUUCAAGAGAAUACAUGAGGAGACUAAAAUGUGUCAUAACAAACUCUUUCAUUUCCUCUGUGACGUUUGUAUACAUAAGCCUUCUUUAGAAUAGGUUACACAUUCUUAGUGUCACUUUAGGGAUGUCUGUUAUCAAGUAUAACAUGACGUCUUUCAGUUCAGUUGGACUGUCAAUAGCUGGCGAGCAAUGCCUCUGCCAGUAUGCACCGCCAAACACAAGGUCAAGAGUGGGGUGCUCCACCAGUAAAAAGAGUCCUUUAUAAGCUCUGCUGACUGAUGCAUUCCAUUAGGGCCUGCACACUUGCUUCUAUGACGUGAGAGGUUUGACUUUGGGUCAUCAUCAGAACAAUUCCACUUCCCAACAUCUUCAACCAGCCUUCUGUGCUCCAUGGAAUAUCCAAGGUCAAAUGAUGCACUGUCCCUCUGAUGGCAAACGCAUUUGCAGUUUUCGUGAAAAGCCAUUGGUUCUUCCAGUUGGUGCAUAAUCUGUCCCGGAUAGAGAGGACUGUUACAUCUUUGUUCUUGCCUGUGUGCUCACUUGACUGCGUUGACGUGUAGCCCAUUCGAGUAAAGAUCAGAUAGCUGAGUUAAUGCAAGUUGACCAGAUUUCUCACAAUGACAGCAAAUGUAAAACAGCAGUUUUUUUGUUGAGUGUUGGAAGCUAUCGAGUUUGAGUGACUGUCAAGAAACCAUUCAUGCUUCUCUUGAGUUGUACUAUGUAUUUGUUUGACUAGAUGUUCAUAGGUCAAAUUUUUGUUGUCAACAACAGCAACAGGUCUACAACCGAUAGACUGUAAGUAACAUUAUAGAACUAUCUCCUAAAGUCCAUGAUCCAAGUCAUCAUUGGGAUGUCUUUGUACUCAACAGCUAAAUACAGCAAAAUCCUGAGUCUGGCAUAAAUGCAUUAAAAACGACAUUUUCUAAAAUAUUAUCCAUUCAAUCCCAAAUUGGACAUACCACCCUUGCCUUCCAUUACUAAGCUUGGAGCUGUUUUCAGAAAAUGUUCUGACUUGAACUGGUUUAACUCACAAGUUUUCUGUCUUCAGUUGUCUCAAUUAUAGCUGGGCCUCUGCCAUGUCGGACACUAGCUCUGGGUUCACAGGACCAGACAUACCAAUGUUUCUAAAUGUGACAGCCCCUACAGAAAUAAUGCUCUGUGAAAAAACCUUCGAAAUGAUUCUCACAGUGACUACCAGCCUCUCUCUUUCUCAUUCUCUCCCUCUGGUUGCCUGCUACAUUUUCCCUCUCCCUCCCUGAAGCACACUUCACUCUGUCUGCCAGUUCUCAUGAGCAGUUGAGGAGAGUGACCAUUUUCCUUUGGCUCCUUGCAGAACUGGAUAUACUCUACAUAUAUAAAAUUAAGGAACUCCCCUCAGUUUUCCUCCGAAGAAAUAUAUCCCUUGGUACAUUAAAGGGAAAAUCUACCUUAAUACAGUUACAUUUGUACUGCCACUCUUGAUGCAGUCAAGAAAUACAGUUUCUGCCAAUAUGUAGAAAAAGAGAGCAUUGAAAGCAAAUAUUUGAAUAUAUUUAAUGAAGCACUGGUGAGUAUGUGGAACACAUUUAACUCGAGUGUUUUCCUAAAGAUGUCAAGAUUUUCUCCCAGACACACCCACCAAAUAUAAAAAAUCUGCUGCCAAACUUUGUGCCGUGUUUUAGAAACCAACUAUCCAAACAGAAAAAAAAGACAAUAAUACAAAACGGCAAAAUCAUUUGGUGAUGGAUCAACCAGUUAUGUUCACAAUUAAAAGAAAUCAAAGUUGUUAGGAUAAGAGGAACUUUAUUUAUCCCCAAAGGGACAUUCAAUGGUGUAGUUUUCACAUUUUUUUAACACAAUCACAGGGCUGAUUAUUUUUAUUAACAACCUUAUGUCACCUUUGUUCUCUUACAAUGAGCAAUGGUCCUGAAAGCAUUGUUUUAAACAAGGGGUAAACCGGUUAUCAGUCUUGACUAAAUUUUGGGGCCAAUAUUUGGCAUCUGGUUGAGUCUGUAUUGGUAUAUUAUUUACAGAUACAUUUACAUAUGUAUUCUCUCUGAAAACCCAACAUCUAUUGACCUCUAUUUUACGCUCUUGGUUGCGGAGUGGACACACACCAUGUUUUCACUUUUUUCUGAACUUUUCCUAAAGUCUCAUUUAGAUCAAAACAUCAAAUAAAAAUAGACAAGAUAUAUAAAUAUGAUAUAUAAACAAGCACAUCACAUAGACACUCCACUGAAUGUAUAAUUCACAAAUAUAAUUAAUAAAAAGACCUUUGAUUUUACUCAAGACAAGAGGAUAAAAGUCAAUGAACGCUGUUAUUUGUUUUACAGUUCAGUUCAGUUCAGUCGCAGUUGCCCAGUAUCUAAAGCAUGGUCUCUAUUUGAUGUAUAGAUAAAGGUCUUAACCAUGCAAACUGGAAGAAAUAACACAAGCAGCUAGUGUUUAAUGGGUACAAGUUAUAAAAGCAUGGUGCUUGGUUUGUGUCUGAUGAGGCUUAAUAAAUUCUGAAGUGUUUUCCAGAUCUCAGCAAAAAUAGAAUAUAUAAGAUUUGGUCUGGCUUACACAAGAAUGGUUUUCAUUCUUUUAGAUAGAGGAAAACUGGGCCUAAGCUCCAGCCUAGGUUAAAAACUGUCAAAGUAUUUUUCUGUUGUACUUCAGGUUAGGGAUGCUGUAUAAUUUCAGCAAGGUACGUACAAUGCACGUUGAUGUGACGUGAUACUGAGCUGAUCAGGUAAUCGGAGAAAGGUGAGUCACGUAAAACGGCUGUGAGUAAUUUCUGUAGUUAUUUUCCGUGUUGGCUCACCCAGAUGAUGACACAGUGGGUGAAACUACUAUCUGGGGCCAAAAGCAACACAAAUUCCUUACGUAGUGAGAAUUCAGGUCAGAUUAGUGUGAAUUAAGGAUUACUUCAAACUGUUGGCCUGUUUAGAUUAGGUCAGUGCUACUCGCUUCUGAAACAAUGCCAAACCUGAUCUGAACAAAGUCUGCAAAUCAAAGGAAAUCUUGAUACCUGAGCCAGUAGUGAAAACUGUUUUUUUAUUAUUCUUUGUCGGAUUAAUCCUGCUGUUAUUUGACCAUGUUGAAUUUUGUGAUUGAGCUGUCAUCAAAGGGAUUUUCCCCACACAUCAGUAGCAUUCCCUGGUUGCACAACGAGGCCCUGCAUCACACCCUCCCUUUUCCAUCUCAUUAGUCUACACACCUUUCUUUUGACGCAGCUGCUGCCUCACCCUGCCUGUCAGCAGCAACUGUCCAUCAUAUACCUUAGAUUUCAGGCUAUUAGUGGCACAUCAAUGACAACCUACAGCCAAGCAGAUUGGGAAGGCUGUGUUUUCUGCCUUAUGGUUUCCAAAAAGCACUCUGAAGCUCUGCAGAAAGUUAUUGGGGCAAAGGAAGGUUUUGAAAUGGGGAUAAAAGAUUGUGUUUUAACUAAGGGGGAACAGGUUUUUCUAUUUGUUCCCCAAAUAAUACAGUCACAGUGUCAGUAUUUGUCACAAGUGAAGAAAAGUUUGUAUUUUUCAGUCUGAAAAUGAGGUGCAACUAAACCCUACAGAGUGUUUGAGAUUGAUUUGCAGCACCGGUCUCAAGUUUUCCUCUGAAACAAAGUCAUUGUCAUGGUCCUAUGCUUUGAGCCUCAAUAGAUUUCAGUAAUAAGAGGUUUCUAUUCAGUGUAGCUAGCCCUCCUUCUGUGUUUGAUUGCCAGCUGGGGUCAUUCGGUGAAGCCACAUCGAGGAGGGGAGACAACCACUUCUGUUUAGUGAUAUCCGUCUGCAAUGGGAGCCAGAUGUGUUAAGUGAUGACAUGGAGUUAAUGCACUUGGCUUUGACUGCACACACCAUAGAGGCUGGAAUUAACAACUUUAGAUUGUCCAUGUCAGGGUUCGGAAAGAGGUGCCCGUUCACCUGAACACCUGACCUCCAGUCGCCCAUCAGGCACCCAUUGACAUUCCUAAUGGCUGUAACCAGUGGUUGCACCCUUUACAGAUAGACAUUUUCCAGUUGCUCGUGUUUCUCACCUGUUAUUUCUUUUUGUGUGAUUUCAGGAUUCCCUUCAAAAUCGGACAGCCAAAGAAGCAGAUUGUCUCUAAAACAGUGAGUAUGGAUCAAAAGUUGAACUAAUGAACUGAUCAGUCAAAAACCCCAUAUGCCUUACGCUGGUAUUUGUUGAAAAAGCUUUUUGUGAAGUUUUUUGCCUUUAAAAUGGUACACGGCAUUGAUAGUAAUUAAAUAUUGUGACCAGAGAGAAUUAUUUGAUGCCAAUUUGUCUGAGCCAUGUAAGAUGGCAGAGGUGGUUACCUUGAAGUGACAAUGAGUAGGCGUUCUCUUUGCAGGAGAAAACCACUUCCAGCAUAAUAGUUGUGUGGCCCGGCAGUCACUGUCAGACUGGGUUUCCAACUUCCUGUACCAGCCUAGGCAAAAACCAGGGAGUGGGUUAGAGGCCUCUCAGUUACAUUGUCCACUAGCGACAAAGUGUCAGCUGCCUUCCUCGUUGUUUUUGCCACUGUGUUUAAAUCUAGGAGCCCACAGAACCACAAGACAGGAACCAAGACUGCCUCUGUAACCCAGCAUGUUUUGAAGACAUGGUCGGACAAGCUGUCUUAGCCCUAGCUGACCCUUGAAACUUGAUAUAAAGAAGUAUUUAAUCUGCUUUUCAACUGCUGGAACCUGGUGGAAGGGCAGUUAGUUGUGGUUUUAAGUCCCUGUAAAAAGUCCCCUUUCCUGAGAAAGUAUUUGGCUUAAGAAAUAUUGAGAUAAAGUUACAAAAGUAAACUUUUAAACCAUAAUAGAAUAUACCUUGACUCUACAAAAUUUAGUACUGGUUUGCAAGUAUACAAUGCAACUCAAACCAUUUUGGUCUGUGUCAAAUUUACUAAUUUAAUUUAGUUUAACCUCCUCUGAUGAUGUGACAAUGAACAUAGAAAGGGAUUGUUUUCCCCAAGUUGUUCCAGACCCAUUCUCUUAUGUAGUUCCUCUGAUAACUCUGUGAUCAUAUGAAAAAUCAGUUUACUGCUUAGAAAAGUAAUAUUUUAAAUUCUUUUAUGUAAUUAUAUUGUUUUAUUUAAAAAUAAAAUGUUUUCUUUCAUAGGUUGAGAGAGACUUCGAGCGAGAAUAUGACAAGCUCCAAAAGUAAGUUUGUUUUUUAAUCAAUCAAACGUGUAUGAGCAGACAGUAGAGAGAUUUGACUCUAGAUUUUUCCAAACAGAUUUAAAACUGACAUUGAGUAUAUUGUGUGUGAGGUCCAUACAUCUAUGUGUGUAAAACUGUGGUCUUUUCGGACCCUUAUAUUACUUGGACAGUUUCUGUAUGUACCACAUUGGACAUUUAAAAUAUAUUCAGGCAUUUUCAUAUAUUAAACUGUUGAUCCAUAAUUAGAUUGUGUUCUUCAGCUUUUGCGAGACUGUACUUGUUUUCUUCUUUAUUAUUUUAUGUUAACAAAGCACUCUUUAAAAACUCACACUUAACAUGCUCCUCAUUGUGUAUACAGUUUCUGGUCUCACACAAUUUGAUCGUCCCUGCUGUGUUUGGUCCUUUUUUUUCUCAACACUGAACUGUGAAAAGACCCACAUAUGAGCUUUGUUGAAGUAUGAAAUAUGAAAUCAUGAAAGACAGUUUACUUUUCCAUAAAAUAAUCCUGUAAAGCUCUAAUUCAGCCGGAACAGUAUUAGAGAAUACAUACUUACAUCAUAUGCUUUUAAAUUAAGGGGAAAAUAAAACGUCAUUUAACUUGAAAGCUUGAGAGUAAGUUCUUAUUUACCUUGUCUGUUCACAUUAAUUUAUUUUUCUGAAGUUAGGGAGAGGGGCCUUAAAGAACAUAAACACCCAGGACCUCAGAGCUCAGUACAUCCGGGCCUUCUCUUACUGGGAGGCUGAGGUUCUAGAAAACUCCCUGAGGGCCCCGCAGAAUGAGUGGGAGCACCAUUUUCCUCUCAGGUUUUGUUGAGUAGGAGGGCCCAUUAUCAGGAAGGUGUGGUGCCAAUAGACCUUAUAGAUGAGUCAGAGAAGCAGGCAUGUACAGACAUUCAGGUUCUCCACCCUAGAGAUCCAUAUCAACACAUCGUGGAGCCUCUGUGACCUAAAUAUACUUGGUAUGCUCUGCUAUUUGUUCUGUUUGUUCUUUCUUUCCGCUUGACAAAAGGUAUUUUAGUUGUAUUUUGACUUCUGAUUUUGUGGGAAAAUUGUGUUUAUUCUAUAAAACAUACAGCAGCCACGACAGACCAUCAUGACAAAACCUCUAAUUAGCCUCCUAUUUUGUGUGUGAAGCAUAAUGUGGUUACAUAUAUGGAAUAGUCCAAAAAAGCAUAAAAACAUCAACAUUAGCCCUAAAGGGUCCAAAUGAUCAUGACCCAAAUUUAAUGAGCUGUAAAUUGUGCAGUUCCAUGUUAAACCUGUCAGGGUUGUCUAGGUGAAGAAUUAAUGUCAUCUGUAAAGGUCCUUUCACACUGGGACCAUUUUUGUCGUGCGAUUAUUUCGGACAUCAAUAAUUUUUUUUGAACCCGUAUCCUGUCAUUACAAGCGUUUACAUCAGCAACGUUUUCCCGUCCGGCGAUUGGAUCACUGUCAAUUGUUCUAAAGUUUUGCAUACUGUGUGCAUACUGUGACCUUCCCUGGGAUGCGUCUUUUUCCCCCUGGGAAGUCGCAAAAUCGCAUCGGGCUUGGUGUGUAUAGUCAGGCGCGUCAAAAUUCACCUCAGAAUAUUUCAUAAUCCGUGUUCUAUAUUUGCGUCGGCCCCGGUGUGUAAGGACCUUAAGAGUCACGCAAAAACAUGUGGGCAACAUUCAAGAGUGCAGCGCUCUAUUUUGAGGGCAUGCCUCAGAUUUAAUAACACAAGUUUAAGAUUAUGCCUUAUUCAUGUUUGAGAUUCUAAUUCUUUCCCAGGAAUGCCGGCACAUUGGAUUAGCUUGCACUAAGAUUUAGGGCCAACACAAGUGGUUACAUAUGUGACCGUCUAAUUUCCUGAAUAUCUUGAGGAUACAUCAAUUGUUCAUUUUGUCUCUAAAAACUGUCAAACAUGUCUAGUUCAAUUUCUGAAAGCCCAAUGGGGCGACUCAAAAGUUCUUCUUUUUAAAAUCAAAACCCAAUGCUUUUCAUGUCAAACUAGCAAAAAUAAGCAAAUCCGUACAUUUGGAAAGCAGCAAAAGUGAAUGUUUUUAGUUUUUCCUUGAGAAGUCACACAAACAAUUCACUCAUAAAAUAUCUCUUCUAGUCGCAUGCACGAACUUCUGCUCUGCUCACAGAUUUCUUGUGCAUAAUUACAUGUUUUGAUACUCCAGUUUCAUUUUGUUUUGCAAUUGGCAGGUGUAAAAUUAUUUAUUGGCCUUUGCUAUUUAUAAACCACAUAAUCAAACGUGAAAUUCAUUUAUCAUAAGCUUGUUAUGAUUAGCAGCUUGAAUGCUAAUUGGCUUAAUGACCAUCAGUCAUUACCAUCAAUUUUGGGGGCAUCCAAACAGUUUGUCAAAAUCAACAUGAUGAAAUGGCUUAAUGGCACUCAAAGCACACGUGCCAGAUUGAAAUUCAAGAGUUAACACUACUCUUGCCAUUUUUAGUGUUGUAAAACUGAAAAACACUAGUCAGUUAAUAAACAGAUAAGUUUUAGCCCUGAUUUACAUGGUGCUCCAGUGUCUGACCUGGUUCUUGUGUAAAUGUUUCCCCCCCAAAAGACUGAAUGGUGGAACUUGGACGACUGCCUGUUUCUCCUCCGGUGUCACACAAAGGGUUUGUGUGUGGAUGUCAUCUGGAAUGCAGUCAUGUUUGUCCAGUUUUUAAUAAGAGAUUGUGGUUAGGUGGUUGUGGCCGCACAGGCUCAUCACUAGGGCACUGGAGCAAGGAGCAGCAGCUGUUCCACUAGGCCGCUCCAUUAGCACCUUUUGGAAAGAGACUCCAGGCUCACCUGGCAUCCGUCCAGAACAACCCUCUCGCUGUCAGUGCUGACAGAGAAAGAUGCAACAGUAUUGUGCAACACAUUUUAAAGUAGGAGGUGCUAUCUGGAGCAUGAGUUUCACAUGCACAAACAAACACUACAAGAACACAUCUUGAGUGUACAGGCAUUGGUCUCAGAGCAUGUUAGUUUGUUUACAUGGUGAGAUGCUUUCACCCACUAUCCCGCAAAACCCAGUCUUCAUGAUUGGCAGGGUUUUAACUGUUAAACUGUUAUUUUCCUCAUCUCAUAUUUGUCUCCUUUCAUUACUCUAAAGUGUUAACUAUGUCAGCCAAUAUACAAGACUGUUUUAGUUUUAGUUUGUUCACCAUGAUGCCCUCAUUGACUCUGCUGGUACUCAGAAUCACAUGAAAAAAACAAAGGCUAGUUAUGUGUAAUGAAUUCUAAAAUGCCUUGACUCUUUUUACUCACAAAGGCAGUAACGAUAAAACUGACCACAUAUCAGUAUUUGCAGAUUUCUUCCAACAAUAGCAGAAGCUGUUUGCUAGUUGUAGAUACGGCACAGUACUGAGUUCUAACAUAAUAUCUGCAUAGAGCUAUUGUCCCUCAGUUUUCCUCUACUUAUCAGAUUCUGACUUAAUCCUGUCUAAAGUAUUGCUAAUGGUACUGUCUAUAAUGUGAGUACCACAUGCUGCAAUUAAAAAUGUCUGUAUUCUAAAUAUCUGGAAUGAGCUUGAUUUCAUUAAUUUAGAGGACGGCUGAUACGAGACCCAGUUACAUCUCGUUGGUGAGAAAAUACAAGAAGUUAGUGUGGAGAUUGUUCUGACAGAAUAGUGUUUUUUCUUGUGGUGUGAACAAUAAGGGAUGGAGUUACAUCAUUUAUUGCAAAUGACAUUUUUGGAACAACCUCCAUCUGGUCUGUGGCGAUUGAGUGCGAAAUCCUAAAAAACGUCAAGGCGAACAAAAGCAUGUAGAAAGAAGUUUUGAUGGGAAAUAAUUAAAGAUUUUUUUAGUUACCUUUAGACCCUACUUCGCCUAGAGUUUGCCAGCUCUUUUUUUUUUUUGAAAACAUUAAAUGAUCACAAUCCAUACUCAAAGCUGUCAAACCACAAUCACUGUCUGACACUGGCUAAUAUCACACAAUGUUUUCCUUCGGUUUAGACUUUUAGUUUUUUCACAACAAGAGUUGUGAUGCAGGUGAUUUGAAAUUAAUUAUUAAGAUGUUAUAUUUGCUUUAGGAAUUAGAGGAAAUGUUAAAAUGAUAUAGUAAAAACAAAUUAAGAUUGACAUUUUUCACUGCCCUGUUACUUGGGCAUAACUGUGGAUUAACUGAUUGUGUGAUAAAGACAAAACAAAUUAAAGAAAGAUGAUGAUAAUAAUGAGGCAUGUUGUCAAAAGCCCUUUUUCUUUUGAACACUCAAACAAUAAAGAAAAUGAUCCAAUUUGUGUGUUUGGAGCCACCUCACUGUUACUGUCAUCCACAAAUCCAUUUGUGAAUCUUGAGACCAGUGGCUUUAGUGCCCUAUGGGUUUACACCGCUUUGUUUUCCUCAUGAACACAAUAUCUCAAAGCGAACAUGGAAAUAAAACCCCAUCACAGUCCUUUUGUCAUCAAACCCAGAGACACGAUAUGACAGCAGUCUCGGGGGAGAUUCUAAACCCCUCGUUUGCUUUAAUUGAUAUAAUGAAUGGCAUGUGUUUUCAGCCUCCAUAGUUUAGUAAUUGCCGUUUUUAACACCCAUCAAUGGAAUAUGUGCAGUGGAAUGAUGGAAGACACUAAUGCGUCUGAGCGCAAAUGUAGUUGACAGUAUCAGGAAGGAUUUUCUGUAUUAUUAAUUAGCUAACGGAUGUUAUAGUAACAUUUUAUGUGGAAUCAAUGAAAUGUGUAAUUCCCUCUUGAACCAGGUGCAAAAGGAAAUGUACUUAUUUCCUUUUGAGUAUUUCUAUUUCUACAUAAUACAUCUAAAACUGAACUGAAUUGAUCUCAAGUUUCAAAUGUAUAAAAAGUAGAUGCCCUGUUUUUCCUUUUGGUCAAUUUUGUUGCUCUGUUUCUGACUAAAACCAUUGUUUUCUUUGCUUUCCAGCUCUUGUUUCCCCCGUUGAUUUCAGUUUUACUGCUUUCCUCUUGAACUGAAGCAGAGAAUGGCUGAUAAUAUUCUUCUUGUCUUACAGGCUGGAGGAUCAGACAAAAAAGCUUCACAAGGACAUGAAGAAAAGCACCGAGGCUGAUUUAGGUGUGUUCUUCCACCAAACUGUGCGUUAGUGCCGGGUGUGCCAUUGAUCUCCACUUGUUCACCAACAUACUUGAUGUCGCUUGGCAGGUUUUUCAAGGCUAGAAAAGGCAUUUGGUUGUCUCGGUUUGUUUGGUGGUGUUUCAUUUCCCUGAACGGCUUGGAAAUUGAGACAAAAGAUUGCCAGUGUUCCCCUUAAUCAUGUAUAAGCUUUCCUAGGCUAUCGCAAUACAUUUGAUAUGGAUUUAUGAGUGUAUAUCUUUGUACGAUGUUCGGUCAGGGCUCAAUUUGUUGUUCAUGUCUGGCUUCAUUUAUUUAUUCAUGCAUUUGUCGGCCACAGAAACCAUGUUUACUCUACUUUUUAUUUGCUUAUUUGCUGGUUUUGGAGUUGUGUAUUUGGGAAGCAGCGGUAGACAUGGCCUGUGGUAAGUAGUCAGUUGUGGGGGUGGAGGAGAAGGGACGGAUGGAGGAGUGAGAGGCUUCUUCAUUUCCUCUCCUUUGUGCUCUGGAAUAUGGAUGUGUGCAUCAUCAAAGUGUCAUAGCUGUCAGGCCCUCAUUAUCGUUAAUGGAUUCCAUCUGUUGCACAGGUCCCGUCUCCGGCAACUGCUACCAAACAAAGAACUGGACCUACUCUGCAUGUCAGCACUGCAUUUAAUACACUGCUUUCUAUAUCAGCCACCAUUUAUCAAGUCAAGGGUGCUGAUAUGGGGAGCUCUAUUGAACUCACAGCCAAUUAGCUGGUGAAGGACGAUAAUAUCUUUUAAGAGCUGCUGUGGUUCACCGUUUCAAUUAGACUAAGUAACAGAAGGCAGAAAAAGCAGCAGGGAUAACUGCGCUUUUCAUACCAAGAAAUCGUUCUUCUUAUUUCAUCCCCAGAAUAUGAGGGGCUUUCGCUCCACUUGUUUGCACACUGCUAAUACUGAUAAUUAAAUAACUACCCUUGUGUCACCCCGUGAUUCUCGUGACCCUGUAAUCACCGCGUCUCGCAGUCAAAUCAGACAAUGUCAAAUCAGGCAAUUUGUUACUUGUCAAAAGGAGCGGGGCACAGAAACACCACUUGGUAAUAAUUGAUUGGUUGAAAAUUGGUCUCGAGAGAAUCCCAAGGGAGUGUGAAAACACUGUUCCAGAUCUCCAUGAAGCCCAUUUUCACCACAGCCUCUCCUGUCAGCUAGUGUCUCCUCAGUGAAGCUCAUUUAUUUUGACUGUGAAGCCAUAAUCUGAUAUGUGCUAUGUGUCUAAACAAAGUGGCAUGAGCACAGAUUAACAGUAAUUGGUGCUGUCAGUGUAGAAACAUCACUGAGAUUCUUGAUGCUUUAGUGAAUAUUCAACACGGCAGAUUAACACACUCACACCCCCCCCCCUCUAGAUUUUUUACAAUGGGGGCAGAACUGUGCCAGUUUGUGUACUUUCUUCUUACUUUUGAAGACUCCAUGAAACCAUUUAUAAUUAAAAACUUAAAUCCUUAGUGUAGUAAACGAACUUUUCAUGUAUAGUUCAAGAAAAUUUAAACAAUCGGGUAUUAAAUUUGAUUGAAUUGGGAUCUUCAGCAUUCAUUUAAACAUAAAUUUAUCUACAUUAUGUCUAUCCCUUAAAUAUAACUGAACUGCAUGCUAACAGUCUACUUUCUCUGUGUGUGUGUCUGUUAGCCAUGUCCAAAGCAGCAGUGAAGAUCUCUGCAGACCUGCUUAGUAACCCACUAUGUGAGCAGGACCAGGCCUUCCUGGAAUCCAUGACUGCUUUAGACACCGCCAUGAGGAGGAUGGAUGCCUUCAACCAGGAAAAGGUCAGACCCAGUCCAACACUCUUUCUCUUGUAAAGUUUGAAGUGUUUUAUCUUCGUCUUUUUCAGUUUUUCUUCACUCCUUUCUGGCACAUGUCAUUGUCAGACUAUGAAAGGGUAAACUUCUCUCCUUGGAUGUCAAAUUAGGAAUCUACACAGUUUUUUGUUGGGGUUUUUGUUCAUAUCGGUCAUUAUUGUGCAGCCUGUCCAGCCUAUGUUGUGUUCGAGUUACCUCAGAAGUCAGGUGUUCAGUUUGAAUGUUUGUUUGCUUGUUAGUAUUAGCACUUGCCUUAUAUUCGGACAAGGCAAGUGCUAAAAUAACUUUCGUAGAUGACACCAUCUUGUUUCCGCCUCCGAUUUUGCUUUUUCCGACUUGACUGCUGUCAUUCCGAAUGUAGCAUUAAAACUGUCGGUACAGUUCAGUCUGUUCAGUUUGUAUGUUUGUUUGCUUGUUAGUUUAAUUAAUUAGUGGUGGUUUCCCCUAUUGGAUAUAGUGUUUAAGGGUUCCAAGUGAUUAUUUCCUUAUUCAUGGAGAAAAGCUAACAUUGUGGUUGAGCCUGUUGUCUCUCAAUCAGAAGGUCAGGGGUUUAGUCCCAGGUCCUGCUGUCCACAUAUCAAGACACUUGGCGCCAACUUACAGUGUUUUAGCAGCUGGUGGGCAUUUACAUAGCAGUGUAUGCCAUCAGUGUGUGAAUGUGGUGUGAAUUGGUGGAUGUGGCGUGUAAUGUAAAAGUGCUUUAAGUGGUCAGAAGACAAGAGAAAGCACUCCUAAAACACAGUCCAUUCCAUUUACAAUUAUCUAACACAGAUACGUUUGUGGAACCUCCCACACUUUACAUUUUCUUGAAAUCUCUUUUAAAAGUUAGAAAGUCACAGAAGACAAACUGUGUCAUUCAUGAUUGAGUCACACCGGCUUCAUGUUGCAAAUUUCUUCCUUAACUUUCAUUUUCUCAUACCUCUCUUGUUUGUGAUUUAGAAUACAUACUUCUUGUUCUGGAGUGCAUUACUUUUUGUCUUUUAUGCUUUUUCACUCUUGUAUGUUUUGUCCUCAGGGGAAACUGUAGAUAGGCAGACAUUUUUCCAGGACUGUAAGCACCAUAGCAUGCUCGUUCUCUCACAGCUGUACUUUGUGAAGAUCUCCUCUUUGGCUGUCGGGCCUCUCCAGAUUAUUCGCUGGGUGCACUUCAGGUUUUUUGAUUAGAAUCAUCGCCAAAGGUAGUUAUAAUGUGAAUCAUAGUGGCACCGCAUGUGUGCAUCCUCAAGGCACUUCACUGUGAAGAGUAGACUUUUAAGAGGAAAAAAUACACGAGAACACAGGAGAUCACACUAAGGCAUAUACCGAUUGACUUUUUUCCAUCUGUGUUUUCUUGACUCAUUGCCCUGCUGUUAGGUGUUCUGGGCUUUUCACAUUUGUUGCCUUAAAAAUAUUCCCCUUCUUUUCACAUUUAGAUGUGUAACGGAGUGAUUUCAUAACCUUUUCACAACAGUGAUCAAACAGACGUGGAAAAAACGAAAGCAGUUCCGUUUAAAAGUGCAUCUUUUUUUUUUUUAUUCCACGGUCAAAAUGUAGUGUGGUACCCUGGGAAAAGCACAACAUCUGGAUCAGUACAGAUUGAAUUGAGUGGAUAUGAUCAACUUCACUAAACUUCUAUUGAAAAUCAGACCAGUAGUCACAGACUAGUGUGUGUGUUUUGUGACGAGUGGGCUCAUUCUGCAACUACAACUCUGACACAAAUAUUUCCAAGUCUUCUCAUCAUCACAAACUCAACCCAGCAAUUUUGUUUCUACUUGAUUUAAACAGAUCUAAGAAUUAAAAGUCACUUUGUUGAAUGAAAAACAUGUCAACAUCGAAGGGGAACUUUGAGCCGCUUUUAUAAAGCAGAUCUUUUUUUUUUUGUUGUUGCUUUUUUUUUUUUCUCUUUGUUUUUAACCAGCCUUUCAGACUGGCUUCUCACAGCUCAUCAAAUUUUACAGGAGCAAUUUUGAGUGACUAGACAAAGUAGAAUGUGGGUUGGACAGAGUGUGUGGGUUUGUGACCCGGGGUGUGUAUGUUCCAGGACUUGGCUUGGUUGAGUGCCCAGGAGAGCACUCCUGCCAGUUCGACUGUUUUCAGUAUAUUGUAACUUCUACAUUCUCCAGAUUCUAUAGAAUAUCAAUCUGCUUUUAGUAUCUAUUUUAACUGUGUUUGAAUCCCCUCACUCUUAAUCAUUUCAUCUCUUAAUUAGUUUGAAUGUAAUUUUGUAUUCCUCCCUGUUAAAACACUCUCCAGGUGGAAAAGCUUUUCUUCGUAGUGCAUCGUUUUGAUUCCAGAUUCUCCAUGCUGACGAGUUUUCUAGUUUGGCUCAGUGACUGGGAUGUAUUUGACAGUGAUUCAGCUCGGCAGCAACACUUUUUCACUUGAGGAGGACAACAGUCACCAACUGUAUUGACGUGGUUGUAUGUUUUUUUUUAGCCACUCUUUGAUCCGGAGUAGAUUUUGACAGCUGGGUCACACCUGAUUUUCUCAGUACUUCUUUCAGUCUUCCUAAAUAAAAAUCCUCACCAUAACACAAUGUUCAGUUCCAGGUUUGGGCAGGGCUGUGUGGCUCCUUUUGUAGAGUGGCUGAAAGUGAGCUGAAGGCAGAAUAGUGAUUGCGAGCACUUUUUGGUCAGUCUGCUAUGUGGAGUAUCACCUCAGGUUUGCUAGGUGUUUAAAAUCCAGCACGGCUCACUCGAAACACUACUCCAGCUUCUCCCUUCAAGCUGACUGUUGAUUCUGACGGCACCAACAGCAAACCCUAUUGCUCCAGCAAAACAGACACAAAAGCAUCCACCCUUUGCUCUUCUCUCAGUGUUGAGACGAGAUGUUCCGCCGCAGGGCCCGCGAGUGAGAGAGCCAGCAGAUAAAACGUGCAGCGAUAAUGAAGGCAGCAGUGGCCCAGGUCUGUGUGUUUAUUUCUGGGGCUGAGGAGGGCGCACAGCCCCGCCGGCACACUGCUGCCGAAGCUGAGCCCCAGUGUAGAUGGCGGCAGCGCAGUAGAGGAUGCUCCGUUUGGAGGGAUAUUGAUUUCCUCUGCGAUCUGUGUGUAUUUUUGGGAGGCCUGUGUGCCAGGUUGGCCUCUGCCCCGUGACUCACUGAUGGAGACUACUGCUUGAGCGUCGGCCUCAGGCUCUGCGGGGCCUCCAAGGAAUAGCUCUGCCCCCCCCUCUCUGUGGGAAGGGGCAGAGGGUAGAGGGCACCAGCAUGCUUAAGCAAAUCUGCCGCUGUUGUUCUCCCUCCUCGCUGCAUGCUCUCACCUUAGAAGCAGCGGCGCAGCUCAAGUCGGGAAGGGGGGGAUGGUGUGAAUAUGUAAAACAAAGAAAAUGUGAAUUCCCAUGUACUUAUUUGUUAUUGGUUCUCUGUUUUCCCUCAAACCACAAUCAACCAUUUUGUACUUGGAAAUGUGCCGGUGUGAAGCAGUGAGUGUUGCUGUAUGUUCUCAUAGAUGGUCAGGGCAUUUUUUACAAAGCACAGCUGCGAUCUCGCUUCCUUGUUGUUGUGUGAUUGACUGUCCUUCCAAUAGUGAGUGAACAUAUGAUUAGUGGAGCUGCUUGCUGUUCUCAUGCAGCUGUCACUUCACAUCUUAGCGCUUUAAAUUUCUCCUCCACCACCGUACUUAGCAUUUAGUCCUCACUCCACUCGUUUGCAUGGUUAACUUAGCAUUCUGUCAUGCUGGAAGAUCUGCUGGUAACAGUCAUUUUGAAUCUGCAAUGUAAAUGAUGCUGCAAACUUUAUUAAUUGUGCACCAACUUCUGUCGAUGAGACUUUGUGCCGGGGCUGGAGGCCUCGAGAUGAGAUGUUCGUUUACUUCCAUUUAACUCCCCUUCCCCUCCUUCCCCUCCCUCCCCUCCCCUCCCUCCCCUGUCGAUUCUGGCAACCAGAAGGAGAAUGUAGAAAAAUAUAAACUGUUAUUGUUAAAAUGUUUGUUUGCAAAGAACUUUCAUCUUGUACGGCAGCCCACCCUCCACAGGAUUUGAAAUCAGUGGGGCUUUGCUUUCAUGUCCGUCCCCUGACAGUUCCAUCCUUUUGUAUCGCAAGCUCGAUGAAUAUUCAGGGUUUUCUCCUCGGGGCUUGUGUACUAUUAAAGAGUCAACGUCAUGAAAGUUUCUUUGCAGGCACCCCCCCCCCCCCCCCCCUUAUUUUCUUGAGUGCUCUGUAUGAAAUAUACACAAUUGUAGGUGUUUGUUCAGUGGCACUACUUAGCAGCUAAUGAGCGUGAGACAUACAAGCUAUUUUGUUCUGACUCCAGUUUUGAUGUAACUCAUGUUGACAAUGAAUAACAAUUUGUAAUGUCACAUCUCUUGUUAAAGUUGUGUGUGCUGCUGAUAUUUACAGCUGUUGUUUUUUUUAUAUGACAGGUCAACCAGAUCCAGAAGACAGUUAUCGACCCUCUGAAAAAGUAAGUAUCCAUCCGAGUUCUUGUGGCUUAUUUUGUUGCGACCGUGUCAAAGGUUGGCUACCAAUCUAUCAAUACUGGAUCAGGGUCCAACAGUUUUUGCUGACAAGUUUAAGAUUCGAGCGGAGUAAUGGAGCGGGGAAGUUUUCCAUGUAGGGACAGUAAAGUACAGUCAAACUAGUUCAGCACAGUCUUCAUGGAUCAUUGUUCCCGAUGUGGUAAAUCCAUACAAUACUCAGGGCAGUGCCCCAUAAUAUUUUUAUGAUCUGACCCUGUUCUGCUCCUGCUCUGCGCCCCGGUGGUGCUGUACCACAGGAAGUCUUGCAGUGAAGUAACACAGAUUGUAAAAAUGAAUCGAGUGGUGCUGCUGUGGUGUUACUGUGUCUGGAAGAAAGUUUAUUUGGUUUUCAUUCCUAAUACUCGCCCCCGUUUGAGCAGCCAGUGAGCGCUAUUCCAUUCCUUAAGUCUUACGUUUACCAUACACACACACACACACACACAGAGUACACCACAUGCUCAUGCAAAGCAGAGGUACUGAAGGGAGUGGUUGGACUAUCCCACCCGUCUUCCGGAGAGCUUGUUAAGGUUUAGCUUCCUCUUCUUGGCUCCUCCCAGGAGGUUCACCAUAUGCUGUUUAAAAGAGCAUGUGCACGUGUUUCUGUCGCAAGUUUAUGUCGAACCCCAGAAGCCUGUUGGUUCAUUUUUCAAAAUAACCAAUGUGAAGAGAUUCCUUCAUAAAACAUGAAUAGGCUGGGUCAGUGUGUACGUGUGUAAAUGUGUGUGUGUAAAUGUGUGUGUGUGUGUGUGUGAACCCUGCCUUCUUCAUGAGCUCUGGUGGCGGAGCAAUGACAGGAUGGAAUGGUUCUAAUUUCCUCUUCCUGGUGGGCGGCAGGCGGACGUGUGGGCAGGCUCAUAAUAUGGCAGAGGGCCCAGCUUCCUGGGCCCAGAGCCGUGGAUUGGUUGAAAAGGAGAACUGUCUCAGGACAGUGCAUACUCUGGACACAAACUUACACACAGGCCGACAGUAACCCAGAUUUUGAAGGAGGUUCUGUCUUACGAAGGUGGUGUUUUGGCUUUAAAGUUGGGCAUUUACAUGAUUCUGAAAUAAAGCAAAGGAACUAAGUCCAUAAAUGCCUUUUUCAAGCCAAACUGACCUUUCAUUAACUUUCUCUUCCUUGCUCUAUUAGUUAUUAGUUUAUCAAAGUGGACUCUACAGAAGACUCCACACAGACACAAAAGCUACUAUACUUUAAAGCUUCCAUUAAGAUUCCAUUAGUCCAUCACUAAUGAAUAUUUUCCAUUGUUUACUUUGACGCCAAAUACUCUGCUGGUGAUCUCGUGUCAGAGAAUUAGUAAAGAGUUGAAAGGAAAACGUUAAUGUUAAUGGAAGACCUUGAAUGGUGUGUGUUUGUAUCCAUGUGCGAUUGCUCUUAAAAAUUUUUGGCAUCUUUCCUUAAUUGUUAGUAUGGUGAAAUGUACAGUAAACAAAAAUCACCCCCCUCCCGCAUUGAGAGUGUGUAAGUGUGUGUCUCAGGCCUCGACGUGAAUUCAUGCACUCAGUGGGGUCACUAAGUGACAUCACUGUGUUUAUAUGUGGGGAGGGGAGUGCGUGGGCACUGCAGCAUUUGUGUUAUCUCGGCCUCCUAACCUAGUCCUUUCUGUUCAGUUGCUCUUUUGGAAGAGGCAGAAUUCAAGCCUGUUGUGAGACCUCUGCCCUGUCUGAGCUCUGUACGGACAAACCACAUCCACCUCUCUCAAUCAGAGGAAAGACUCUACCCCUGAGUCGUGAACUCAACUCGACUACUAAGCCUCUUUUUUUUGGUGGCAGUUACUGAAAUUGAUCCCAGUUUUGUCGGUUCCAUUUAUUUUUUUUGUUAGCUAGCUUUUUUUCCCAUCUUAUCUCGUACAUAAUGUAACCAGGCCGGCUGUGUGAGUUCUCCGAGUUUUGAUCAACAAAGCACAAGGCAAGUUGCAGCAGAUCAAACUCUCCCCUGCUGAGACAAAGGAGGUUCUGCUGGCAUGUACGUCACGCACUCAAUUUCCCAUGGCCCACUGCCCUUGGGCCGUUUAUACAACAGGUAGUAGUUAUUUAACAGUUACAAUGAGCAUAAUUUAACAAAAGUCCUCAUGUGAUUUAUCUUUUGUCAAACUCUUUUCAGCGUCUUUAUGAGUCUUGACACUCUGGAGGGGUAAUUAACACAUAAACAACGACCUUUUCCUGCAUUUUAGUGGUUUAGUGUGCGCUUUUUUGCUGAAUUGAGUUAUGUGAUGGAAGUCCAGAGGAACAGCCUGCUUCUCUAGACUGAGGGUGUCUAGACCAGACUGGGGCUUGGCUGACGGGUCGGCCUGGACUGUCUGUGGAUUGGCAGCCGCUCAUAAACACACUCUCUGCUCCAGAUGCUAUUUCCAUCCAGCCCGUUCACCACACCCUGACCUGUCACAUGGACGGUGGUGUGCCCUUGGCCCCCACACUGCCUUUCAACCAGCCAAAGACCUCAGUCGAGCACAACUAACCACCAAUGCAGCCGUAGCCAGAUGACCAGUCGUUGUCCGGCCAGGCCAGGACAUCGAGGGAGAUAUCCGGUGCUCGGACAGUUAUAGACCAAACUUUGAAUACUGAGUAUGUAUAUUUACUUCAACGGGACACUGCUGCGUAAUCUUGCGUGGGAGCCUACACAGCUGAGUCACCCUAACUUCUGGCACUGAGAGCCUUAAGUGUAAGCGUAAGGCUGAAACGACUUCAUCUAGUAUGGGGAGGACGGGAAAGGGUUAACAAGCAAUUGGCUUUGUGUCUGGCUCCUCUUCCUUCUCCUUGAGUGCCAGGAGAGCAGCGGCCUUAACGUCUCUCAGCGCGCUCCGAGAUAGUAGCGGCUGACAGUGUCGUCCCACUUUAAGUCUCAAACUGAAGGCCAGCAUAGUGUGUCAUGAGGAAAUCUCACCGUGCUGUCAGGUGAAGUGUGCUGGUGAGAAUGUGAUCAGCCUGAAAGCUGGUUUGCCGCUACGUUGUCAUCAGCCAAUAGGAUCGUGUUGGAGUGCAGUCAUGCCUAGAGGGCAGUUACAUAAUCCCUUGGCACUUCAAGUAUGUGUACACUGGAACAGAUAGUAGACUUGAGGAUCGGCAUCCACCCCUGCCAUAAACUGGGCCAAAGUGGUAUUUUAUAAAUAGCGGUAGAGCGUGGGCCGCGGGGCUGGGCUGAGCUAGGCUCCGUGAUGUCACUCAAAUGCUACAAGACCACUCCUUGCUUAACUUCCUGUAGUAAACAAUCCCUGCUUGUCUGACUAAGAAGUCUCAGUUCGCAUCACUUUCUCCCCCCCACCCCCCAACAGCACUCUGCUAAGGUGCACAGGCAGCUUUCAUGUAGUAUUUCACAACCGGUCCACCAGUUCUCAGUUGUUCCCUUUCAGCUGUAGAGAGCAGAACAAAGACUGACAUUAAGAGGAACAUAAAUCAUGAAGCCCACACAUUUUGUGGCCAAUAACACCAUGAGAGGAGGUGAACGUUUUCAAACUGUUGUAGUAGUGCUUCUACGCAGUUGAUGAAACGCUUUUAAAUGAGUCAUUCAAAAAAAGCUAUAUCUCACUCUUCAUUACGAUUGUUUUGAUUACUGACUCACAUGCAGCCGACACCUGUGUGAAUAAUCUUGUGGCCUGCUUUUAAAAACACUGUCACUGCUUUGCAUUUACAUGAAAGAAGAGCCAAACAAUUUGUAUUUUACAUUUCAUAUCUUGAGGUUUUACUCAAAAUGAAUGUUAGGAUUCUGAUAAGAGCUGAAGUGCAAAAUCAUAACCCUUUAACAUUUAUACAUUUUCGUUUCUGUCCAAAAAAAUGUAGAAAAAUUCAGCAAAAUUACCUCAAUUUUAAGACAAAUCGUUGGGACUUGUAAAUCAUACUGUAUCUUAACCAUAUGUAAAUCCUAUAGUUUGAUACAGGACACUAUAUUUGAUGAAUGUACUGUAAUUUUUAUCUUUGUUUACAAUAACUGGACUGAAUAUUCCCUGCAUGCACUAUUCCUACUUCCCAUUAAAAUCAGCCAUAGAACCAGUGCAACAAGUCCCAGGAUGAAGCUCAGACUCCUGUUGCUAAGUUACAGAUGAGUGUUUUCCUAUUUUUAGUGCUGAAGACUAGGAUUCUCGUUGCGAGAAUAUAUUUUCAUUUGGAAUAUGAUAAUUGUCAGAAAAUGAAUUGUUUCGUGCUGUUUGGAACUACAGUAAUUAGAUAAUAGAUUAGAGGAAGCUUAAUGCAAAGCUGUCCUCUGGGGUUUGAGAGUACCUCUACAAUAAGAUGUUGAGGGGAGGGAUUUUAUUAAUUCAUAAUGACUUAUUAAGUGAGGAAACAAUGCAAAAUGCAUUUCAUGGAGCAAAGAAGGCAGUUUUAAUUAUUGCAGUUAUUCUAGUUUCCCCUUGAAAAAUUCUGUGAUUUUUUUAUUUCACUCCCCCUCAUUCGACUGCGAACGUCUAUAUAUAUUUUGAAGACACGAUGAGGUGUGUGUGUGUGCAUGCGUGUCAAAGAACUGAUGCGAUUGUCUGUUUGCUCUUUUGCAGGUACAGCGGCGUCUUCCCCAGCCUCAACAUGGCAGUGAAGCGCCGCGAACAGGCUCUGCAGGACUACAAACGGUUGCAAUCUAAAGUGGAGAAAUACGAGGAGAAAGAAAAAACGGGGCCCGUAAUGGUCAAACUCCAUCAGGUACUGUGAGCUUAAAGCGUGCAUCGGCGCACGUGUUGGUCCACUCCAGUGCUCUCUCUAUCUGCACAGGAGCAGAGUUCACUUGCUCUUACAUGUUGUGCGUAUUGUGAAUAGAGUGCAAUAAGUGGAAAAAGACACAAAUGCUGACUGGAUAUGAACAAAAAUAGUUGAGCACAUGCAUACUGUACAUGUGCGCUUCUUCACCCACGCAAGCUACCAGGCUCUCAAGUAGUGCCUUUUCAAAAAGGCACUGCUGCACAUCUACAGGCACGUAAUUGAGAAUUGUAGACACACAUAUACACACCAUGAGGCCACUACAGAAGCACACACAUUCACAGAUAGCGCUGCAGUGUUGCUUAUGCUAUUGCCUCUAACACAUCCUCACAUGGCGAGCCACCCACACACAUUGAGAAAAGCACUGUCAGGGGAACAAAGCCUUGAAGAGGCCCCUGCAUCCCUGCCCUUUGAAUCCAUGUGCACUUAAAGAAGUGAUCCUGACAAAAUGCUCGUAUGCCAAUUUAACUGGCAUGUGUAAAGAAAACUAACUAAUGACCGCAUUGUGAUGCUGCAGCUAAACAAUAUGGUGUCGUUUGAAUAUAGCAAUUCCCCCCUUCCCCUUAAUAAAAAAUUCUCACCCUCUCACACACAUCCAUUGUGCAUUCCAUAACUCUAUGCCUACAGUAGACUACCCACUAAUACAUUCACACACAGAUCAGUGGUGCUGGAGUCCACUCACAGCCAAGUCUGCCCACAUUACCCACUCCUCCUCACUGUGGUCGUGAUUACAGCCUUUUUUUUGCACUGCUUCUCCGUGGGAAUUAGGCAAAUAUCUCUCUGAACAAUAAGAAAAAAGGACACUAAAGAUGGCUCAGGAGCUGAAAUGCUUCAAACUAAGUUGUUUUUCUUAACAGGUUUUUGUUUUCCCUUUUUAAUGUGCAACACCAGUUUAUCGAGGAAGAGCGGUGAAAGCAUUAAAGGCAUGAUUUGAAGGUUAAAUAAGGGGAUUUGUGUAGGAAUAAAGCUGCGACCUGUUCAUUUUUUUUUUGCUCUCGUCUCCUCACCCCCCCAGGCCAGAGAAGAGCUGCGACCGGUCAGGGAAGACUUCGAAGGCAAGAACAAGCAGCUUCUCGACGAGAUGCCCAAGUUCUACCACAGCCGCAUCGAUUACUUCCAACCCAGUUUUGAGGCUCUUAUCAGGGCGCAGGUUAGUUAUCGCACACCCCCCCUUGGGGAAGAAUACACAAUGGGGCGCUCAUGCCUGUACGCACACCCACCCUACAAUGAGCCGUUACGCCCUGUGAUCGCUGGUUAAACAGUGAAUAGAGCGUCUGAUGGAAGGGAGUGUAUAAUCCUGGCAGUCUGUCUCCCUCCACGCAGUCCUAAUGUGAUUAACCCCCAGCGACGGCCCACACUACUGUGCUUAGUCCAGGAAGGCCUCAUCUGUCUGGCUCCACUGCAGCCCUGCAAGUCAUCCUCCGACCUGAAGCUUCUCUUAAAGCAGCUGGGUGUCUCGAACGAGCGCCACCAUGUCCCCCCCCUGCCCCUCCCCCACACCUGCCUGCACAUGUCAUUUCCUCCUCGGGACGGUCACUGGCACACUUCUAAUUGGUUAAUGAGAUUAUCCCGCACCUAAUGACAACGAUAGAGCUCUAUGAAGUACUUUGAUGUUAAAAUUAGCAAUUAGCUACAAAUUGAGCCUCGGUUCUCCUCUCGCUCAGGUUAAAUCAGGGUUUUUUUUUUUUACCCAGCUUCAUGAGCUCCUAUUCGUCGAAAUAAUUUACUCUCCUUGUGUCCCCGUUCUCUUUAUUCAUGUACCUCACACACAUGAAUGAGCAUCCACACAUAUUUACACACACACACAGCCACACGUGGGUGGCCAGUGGAGCAGAGGACCUCAUCCCCAGCCUUGCCGCUGCAGCAUGUGCUCAGUAUCAUCCUCCACUCCCUUCUCUCCCAGCCGCUGUUGCUGCUCAGCUCCCAGCGGCAGCAGGAAAAAGACACAAAGACUGCCUUUGUUGUGAGCUUUGAGCUCCAUGAGUCCCGUCCAGUGACUGUCAGUGGGACACUUGGCCUAACCCGUCCACCUGUACAGAUGUUGUUGAAUCGAGACAUUGUCUUGAUUCUCCUCAGUAUUUAUUAAUCCAGAAAAACACUCAAAUUGUGUCUUUUUUUUGGUCUUUUCUCUGUUGAUUUUCUUUGUUUUCCUAAACAGUGGUCUCCCAUUGUUCAAAGACUUCCUGAAUCGAACACAAUUUCAAUUAUUCAUUAUUUUUGUAGGCUCAGAGGUCAGAAUGUAACCUCUCUGCAUAAAUAUUAAGCAGCUUGUUGUAUGGUAUGUUAAAAUGCACAGACAGAAGUCAUGUAAAUUGACGCUCUGCUCUACUACCAAGAGGCUCUUUAUGUACCGUAGGUGGUCACAGUUAUGUGAGGCUGCGUUUACUCCUCGUGGUGACACGACUAAUUGUAAUGGUGGAGUGUUUUUUUCCUACAGAGGGCACCCAGACACUGAUCUGGUGUACAUUAUCAUCACUGGUCAUAUGGACAUUUCCGAUGGCCCUUUCAACAAGCCACUUUUGGAGAAAAAAAUAUCCGCUUUACCCCCACAAACAGCAGUAACCUGAUACUUAUGGCCCACUCAUGUGGUUUGGGUGGCAAAUAUUGGUAUAAACAUCCAAAGGUCUCUCAGACUGAGCCCUUAAAAAGAGCCUGAACAAUCUGGCGUAGAAACUUGACUUUUUUUUUUUUUUUUUGCCUGAUAGAGACAAAUCUUCUCAUGACAAAGUGAGACAAGUGUUAUUUCUGUAUAAGAUGCGUGAUGCGUAGUUAUUUCAAGUUUGACCUAGCUCUUUUUCAGUCGUGACCCUGUGGAAAUCAGUAAGCAUCUCUCCCACUUGUAUCUUGGUUGGUCUUUCUGUUUCGGCCUACAAUAGGACACACAUGCAGUUUCAGAGAAGUCAGCGAUGCCCCCUUAAGAGCAUAGUGUAUCGUAUGCAUCUCUGCAUGAAUAAAUAUUGAGAUGUGUGUGUGGGUUCCAAGGGGUUGUGUUUCCCAGUACUUUCAUUCUCUGCCUACUCUUCUGGAGUCUUGUAAUGUGAUUAAAGUCUAUUAAUCAUCAAAGCAACUCUCAGGGGAGCCUGACUCAUGAACUAAGGGGAAGAAGCAGGGGUGGGAAGUGUCAAGAAAGCUUUCAGCGAACACUCUCUAUCUCUUGUUCAGAUUGGGAGAGAAAAGCAGGGUCACUACCCACUGAAGUGCUGGGUUUUUUGGGGCUUUGUUGGAGUUGUUUGAUAUCUGUGGGCUUCCUGUUCUCCUCUCGAAUCACUUCUCAUUAGCAGGGUUGAAGAGGUAAGAGGUUUGAGACCCUCAGCUUCCAAAUAGUGUAAGUAAAAUAAGGUUAGACGGUGCAAGUGCAGCAGUUUGAAGAAGUUGUUUUUUUUUUCUCUGAGAGGCUUUGAAGAAAUUUCUGUGGAUUGACUGCCCCGUCAAGGGAAGACAGGAUUUCUUUUCCUCUAUCACACAUGUAUUCUUUCUCUUUUUCCCUCCUGCUCCCCUCCAGGUGGUCUAUUUCACCGAAAUGUACAACAUCUUCAGCGACCUCACCGACCAGAUUGACCAGGCGGGGUUGACUGAUGAGCAGAGGGAGAGGGAGACCGAGGCCAAGCUCAGCGAGUUGCGUGCUCUGUCUAUUGUCGCAGAUGACUGAGGAGAGAAGCGAGCAGAAAACCCGGGAAGAGCUCCUUUCAUGCCACUGAAUGGAUUGCACUCUUUUCAGGCUCCUUCGCGCAGCUCAAACGGACAGCAGAAGCCUUAAUCUGAUCAGAAGUUUGUUUCCUUAUGGCCUCAUCUCCCAUCAUUCCUCUUGCACUAUUUUUUCCCAUGUUUCAUUCCCUCUUUAAAAUCUCUCUGAGCAGCUGAAAUGCCACAUUAACUAAGCCAUCAGCCAAGUGCAACAUUAUAAGCCAAUAUGUAGUUUUUUUUUUCCUUUUUUUUCCAGUGAGGACUCAAAUGGUUCUCAUCAGAACUAAUUAACAAGGUUACACUUCUUGGUUUCAGAGAUGUCUAUAAACAUUUGUUUCCAAAGUAGGAAAUGAGUACGGAAGUAUCUUUAUUAGUCUCAUCUGCUAUGUUUCCAACAAUCUGUGAAAUACACUUUUUAUUACCCAACUCUGAAAUUACAAACACUACAGACUGAAUGUUAUUUAAUGUACUGCAGGUUAUCAUCAACAUGAAAUUGUCUGUUUUUUUUUGGCCUUUGCUGGUUAUCUCAAAGUUUAGCUCUGUGCCAUGUUGGUUGAGGGCUUCUCACUGGGGGUUUAGAAGAUGAUAGUAAAAACAUCACCCGUGCGUUUUGUGCCUGUUUUUUCUCGAAUGUGGAUCCAACACAAAAACUAAGUAGUGCAAAGUGAGACUGUGCCUGUGCGGUGGUGGUGGUGGUGUCCGAAAGGUUGAGCACUCAGGCUGCAGAGAACUCGCUAUUUACAGACGAUUGACUGUCCAAACCAAAGGCUGGUGCUCCCUCUGGUGGUGAAUACAAAUCAUGACACAGAUUUUCCUCAGUCACGCCAGCCAUCGAUUGUGCAGUUGUAAUUCAGUUUGUUUGAAAGCAAAGAAUAAAAAAAUCUUUAUAGGUUGCUUAAACAUUAUGUCAAAGAAAUGAUAGCUACUCCUUUGAAGGGAAAGUGCAGGUCAGUCUUUCUUCAUGUUCUCAGACUGUUCACUGGAAAUACAUAAAAUAAGUACCUUAUAGUUUGACUUCUCAUUAUGAGGAAAAUCUAUAGAAAAUCAAGUAUUUGUAUCAUCCACACUAGGGACUAAUCAUGCUGUCCUUUCACUCUUAUUUUUGAGUGACGGUUAUUUGGACGAUACAACUGCUCUCAUAUCAUGUAAGUGGGUUUCCAUUGAGGUAUCAAACCCAGAGGUUGAGUAUUCUUGUCUUUACAGAUGUUUUCAUUUCAAUCAGCAGAUCUUAGUCGAUGGCCUGUUUCUGUGUUCUGUCUUCAUGAAGGUGUUUUUCUAAUAAUGAAACGCUAACGGUGUAGUAAUGGCAACUAAAUGAAGUGGAUAACAUUAAAAUUGAUUCAAGUUAGGGUUUUUUGUAGAUGUAUUCUGUCAAAUGACAACGUGGUCAUCAUGUCACAGUCAUGAGAUGUUUUAAAAUGAAUAAAUGAAUGAAAUGUC